AUGGCAAACCAACAGCCUCGUCCACCAUGGUUUCGGUUUCCUUUCAUGUUUCGCACAGCAAGUCCAGCACCUGCAGCACCAGUCACACAACCAUCGGCUCCUCGUGCACCAUCUUCACCCCAGCCACAGCCAGCUUUGGUGAGACCAGCCCCACCACCUGUUGCAUCUCCUCCUGCAGCACCAAUCAUACGACCACCUGCUCCUCGCACAGCACCUCCACCCCAGCUACAGCCAACAUUGGUGAGACCUGCCCCACCACCCGUUGCAUCUCCUCCUCCUGCUGUUACUCCUGCAGCCAGGCCCCAAACAGCAACUCCUACACCAAGGUCCCCAGUUGCACCGACUUCUGCUCCACCAAGAUCACCAGUUCCACCACCGCCAGCACCUGUUGCAUCUCCUCCUCCCGCUGUUGCACCAGCUGCAACCCCGGCCCCACUGCCACCUUCUAUUUCCAGAUCCCCAGUUGCAUCGUCAACUGCAUCCCCUCCAGCAGUAUCACCAACAAAAUACCCAAUUGUCAAAACUUCAGUUUCACAGCCACCCUCUCCUUCCCCAGAAGAAUCACAGAGAACUUCCACAAAUAUUCCAUUCUUGUCUUCAAUACCUGCGUCUCCCAAAACAAAAGAUCAAGUUCCUUCCCCUUCAAAGCCAACUCCUGUGGUGCAAAAGUCCAUGCUACAUUCCCCCACGCCUACUGCUAGAAAAGCCUCUGCAACUGGAUCACCUCCAGAAGUAGCCAAGGAAAGAACCCCAGUCCAAUCUACCCCAAUCAAGCCUGUAUCUCGCCCUCCAUCUCGUUUAACACCAACUUUACCUCAAACAAAAACAGCUACUGACCAUGAACCAAAGAUAACUGUUAUUUCCAAUGGAAAACGAGAACCAACAAAAGACAAAGGUCUUCAUAAAAAACUUUCCGAGUCCGAACAGUACCAAACGAGGGUAAUAACACUUGCUGGCCAAAACAAAGGGGCUGUGAUGGAAUUGAGUGCCUCUGGCCCUCAAAGUCUUGACAAGAAUGGAAAAAUUAAAACGUGGAGAAAUGGUGAGAAAUCAAGCAGUGUGGAAGGAAAAUCUGUGGAGGACAAAACUUGUGACGAAAUGGUUAUGGAAUCACCACAAAUGACUGCAUUCUUGAACAGCAAUGUUCAAGGAAUAAACAACUCCAUUUUCCACAAUUGUUCUUCAACUCACAAUGAUCCUGGAAUCCACCUCUCUUUCUCGAGAAAGAAAGAUCAACGGGAUUAA